UAAAAUGCUCGGCAGCACCCUCGCGCAGUUCGGCUGCGUACAAGAAUCAUUAUUUUUAGCGCCUGGCUCGUGUUGCAGUGUAGGGGUCGCGAGAAGCUCUUUUUCUCCAUCUCAGUGCCACUGUUUGAGCAGGACUCGUGGGGAGCACGAGAGAGCUACGCAACGCACUGACUGGUGCGUGAAGUUGCGGGGUGUAACGUUAGACGAUAGAAAGCGAGGAGGAGGAUAACGGACUGACAGAGCGGGGAGGGGAGCACCACCAACACAUCUUUCCACAUAUCACUAUCUGGUCCUAGUUAAACGGCCUGCCCGGAGAUGGCUAGCCCCGCAGCAGGUCGAGAUGUCCCGAAUGCUUCGCCGCAGGACGAGCCGGAACAUUCGGGGCCGAACCAUCCCGAACCAGCCUGUCUGGAGGCACAGAAAUGGAUAGAGGCUGUAACUGGGAAGAGCUUUGGAGACAAGGACUUCCGCAGUGGAUUGGAGAAUGGCAUCCUGUUAUGCGAGCUGCUGAGUGCAAUCAAACCAGGGCUGGUCAAGAAGAUCAACAGACUGCCCACCCCCAUCGCCGGGCUGGACAACCUGUCAGUCUUCCUGCGGGGCUGUGAGGAGUUGGGCCUGAAGGGCUCCCAGCUGUUUGACCCUGGGGACUUGCAAGACACUUCCAUACGAGCUAACCUAAAGGACUCUGACUGCAACCGCAAACUAAAAAAUGUGCUGAACACAGUGUUCUGGCUUGGGAAGGCUGCCAGCGGCUGUGCAUCCUACAGCGGCCCUACUCUCAACCUCAAGGAGUUUGAAGGGCUUCUAGCUCAAAUGAAGUUGGAGAGUGACGAAGGAGGCGACAGUUCACAGAAGCGCAGCGUUAGAGACAGCGGCUACGACUGCUGGGACUCUGAGAGGAGUGAUUCACUCUCUCCACCACGACACACUCGCGACAACUCCCUAGACAGUCUGGACUCCUUUGGCUCCCGCUCACAGCACAGCCCUUCUCCUGAUGUGGUGAAUCGAGGACACAGUGAUGGGCGAGGCAGCGACUCGGAGGCCGAUGCCCCCAGCAGGAGGCCAGAUGUGCGGAAGGAUGACAUGUUGGCCAGACGGACAGCCAGCAGUGAAUCAAGAAACUUGAUUCCCUUUAACCAGUUUCUUCCCAACCGAACCAACGCCAGCUCCUACAUCCCGACACCACGGCGAAAACCACAUACAGAGGAGGGAGAGCAGCGGCGGAUGAGCCGGCGAGUUGCUUUUAUGUCUGAGGAUACUGAGAGUGUGAGCAUGGGUGACAUGCUUAACGAGGAAGAGGUUGGACACUUACCGCCACUGAGCCAAUCACGAUAUGAGCGCAUGCACGAGCAGUACAACAACUUUCAGGAAGAUGACGACCACUGGCAAAACGAAUUGGCUCGCUGGAAGAAUCGGCGUCGCAGUACGUCCCAGGAACUGAUCAAGAAAGAGGAAGAGAGGAAGAGGAUGGAGAAAAGGAUGAAGGAGGAGGGAAGUUACUGCAACAAGAGGAAAAGCAUUAAGACCUACAAAGAGAUUGUGGAGGAGAAGGAGCGCAGAGAGGCGGAUUUGUGUGACGCCUACAGGAAUGCAUCGACUCCGGAGGAGGCCGCCAUGGUUUUACAGCGUUACGCUCUUCGCUUCACCAUCAGUGAUGCAACACUGGACAGCCUAAAACUGCCCAGAUCCACUGCAAAUCCCAAACAGGACCUUGAUAAGGUGGACACGGAGCACAAAACGACAUCACCUGUAAAUGAAACAUCAGAACCUCUGCACAAACCAGAACCAGAAGUUAUAAAAGACCAGUGGCACACAGAGCCUGAAGAGACGGAGACAAAUACAGCUGCUCAACAAGAGACAUCAGUUUCUGUCUCCUCCAGCUCCCCAACACCUGGCAACACCCUCAGCCUGCUCACAAACUCAGACCAUGUGCCACCUCAGUCACUCGAACUGAAUGAACCUCAAUCCAAACCGACAGAGUCUCCAACCAAACAACAAAAACAACUGAUUACAGGAGAUGCAAAGCCUCAAGCCAAACACACGCCACCUCAUAUUGCACAGUUGCAGCCUCAUACCACACAGCCUGUACACACACUCCCCUCCCCUCCAUCUGUAUCCCCCAGACCCGUCCCCCUGCUGGCAGCCAAGCCCUACUGCCAGCCCAGGAACAUACUGUCUGGACACAAACCUGUCAAGAUGGACGGGUUGGUGCGGGUAAAUGGAGAGGUGACAGAAGAUUUAUCUGUUUCUACUCCACCUACAUCUGCUCGACACUCGCCACCGGAGGUCAAAGACGUUUCCUCCAAACAGAUGGAGAAAGACGUUCCCUCCGUAAUGACGGAGAAAGAUGUUCCCUCCGUAACGACGGAGAAAGAUGCUCCCUCCAAACAGAUGGAGAAAGAUGUUCCCUCCGAGCAGAUGGAGAUAGACGUUCCCUCCAUACAAACAGAGAAGGACGUUCCCUCCAUGUCUAUUGCGACCAAACAGGAGACGGUAGAGCAGACACCACCUCCAAAGACAGAAAGAUCAACCACGUCUUUAGGCUCUGCCAUCAGCUCCCUGAUUGGAGGCCGAAACUGUACCGUCACGACAACUAUUGUGACAGAGCUCACACAUGUGGAGCCACAUCACCCGGAUAGCCAAAGCAAUGGACAGGUUAAUGGUACUUCUGGGUUAUCUGGGAGUCCAGUGGGGGGGGAAAAGACUCAGCCAGCUACAUCACCAAACAGCAUGCAAGAAUAUUCUCCCACUGUCACAGAGGGACUUGAGGAGAGCAGUGUGACUAUUGAGACCCCCAUGUUGAACUUGGCUAAACGUGUUAAUCACUGGGUCUGGGACCCCAAUGAGGAACGUAAACGCCUGGAAAGUUGGCAACAGGAGCAGGAGCGCCUCCUACAGGAGCAAUACCAGAAAGAACAGGAGAAGCUGAAGAAUGAGUGGGAGAAAGCACAGCUAGAGGUGCAGGAGGAGGAGAGAAAACACAAUGAAGAGGAGAGAAGAAUCCUAGAGGAGACUGUAACACCCUUAAAUCCCACUGGCUUGUUAAACCAGCGUUCAGUCCAGACACGGACGACUUCAUCAGCUCCAGAAAACAAUGAGACAGAAAAAGGAAACGUUCCUCUACAGCAAAAUGGCCAAAGAAGGGAAGGGAACGAGGAUCAACAUGCAUCCAAGCUGCAUUUUUUCCAGGAUUCUUCAUGUGAUGGUGAACAUUCAAAGAAACAGGAACUGUGGAAGACGGCCUCUCUGGACCGCAACCCUCAGUUAAACCAGCCACAUAUCGUUAAAAGGUCUGAGUCCCAUGAUGCUGUAACAGGCAAACAGCAGCCCUCUCCUUCAUCACCUCAGCCUCCGUCACCCAGCAGGUGUGUUAGUGGGAAGAGACUAUGUUCUGGUUGUUCUCAACCACUGGGAAAAGGAGCUGCCAUGAUCAUCGAUACACUGGGACUGUUCUUCCACGUACAGUGUUUCAAGUGUGGAGUGUGUGAUGGGCAGCUGGGUGACGCCUCUGCAGGGACUGAUGUACGGAUUCGUAAUGGACUGCUGAGCUGUCAUGAGUGCUAUAUUGCAUCUCGGGGCAGAGGUCAGCCCACCACACUAUGAUGACCUGAAUUUGAACUGGAACCUCCUCUGUCUUUGUCAGUGAUUGGAUGGAGAAGCAUUCUAGAACCGUAACUCACAUUCUGGAAAACUCUUGGAAUCAUUGUCUUUUUCCCGAAAUGCACAAACUGCUUCAUGGAUGCCACUUUGAGCGAAAACUGGACUGACCUGGACUGAGUGACAAAACAUCACAUGCACAUACAGUGCAGUGUGUGUGCUUAUUAUACACUUUAAGAUUUUUAAUAUGUGUAGCAUGGAUGUAAUUAAUAAAAUCAGUGUGUUUAGACCUUUGCACAUCCAUACUUAGCACAGUUAAGAUACUAGAAUAAGGAUCUGUUCUGUCACAAGCUUAACAUGUUACGCUAAAAGCUGAACCACUACACAUCAGUCUCAAAGUCUUGAUUCAUUAACCCCUGCUUCUGCACUGAUGACUGAUGAUGGUUUGGGUUGGAUAACCUGAAGUAGCUCGACCUUUAUAAUGCCUUACUCAUCAUCGUACCUUCUCAUUCUUUUUGGGUUUUGUGUUUACAGUUUUGCAUGAAAGAAGAACAUAUAUAAGUUAUUGCUCAGAUGGAGUAGUGUGAGCUUGAUGUUUGUUGUUAUCGUCUCAACACCUAAACUUUAACUUCCCUCUUGUAUGUUGUACAUCAUCAUGAUAUUUUUGAUUUUUUUUUUGAGGAAUCUGGCUAACUUACGCAAGCUUUUUUCUUUAUAAUUCAUUUUACAGGAAUGAGAAUGCAUGUUAUUAAUUAUAUACUUGUUGUUUUUGGGAUUUUUAAAUAUUUUCCCUUUAAAAUGUUUUUGCCAUUGUUAAUUCUCAUAGACUGACUGCAUCCGAAACAGUGCCUUAUGUAAUGAAUGCGAGGGUGUAGUGUAGGAGUAAUUCACACUCACACAGACCUCUGGGUCUCGGCACAUGCAUGUGUGUGUGUGUGUGUGUGUGUGUGUGUGUGUGUGCGUGCGUGCGUGUAGGUAUGAAAUCAUACAUUUAUAGGUAUGUAUGCAAUGUGUGAUUUGACUUGAAGCACAGUUCCAUACCAGCAACAAACAUUUUAAAUGGAUCUCCAAAUCACCUGCUGUUCCCUUCCACCCCCUCCCGUGAGAUAAACCAAUGACACAAAGUGAUUUGCUGCUUCCCUGUUAAUUAUUCCCCCGUAUAAUGACAGUUUCACAAUGUCCUAAAAUCUCCUCGUCUGCCUCUAUCACAAGUGUUGCCUCUCUAGAGUCUAAGCUCAAUGCCUUUCUCCUCUGUGUGUCAUUGCCUCUAUCUGGACACCUGACAGCGUCUUCAUCAGUCAGCGAAAUAGAGCGCUCAGUUCAUUGUCUUUUAUAGCAAGUGUAUGUUUAUCAAUAAAAUAUUUUAAAUGGGA